CCGCCCCAACAGUCCUUCAGAACUGCAGAUAAAAUAACUUCCUGUCUCUCAGUUUCCUGUAUCCAUGGUAACUUUAUUUUAACCAGUCAUUGUGGAGGAGCCAGUGGGGAAGAGUAGAUGUUUCCUGUAGGAACAGUUGCAGAACCUGCAACAAAACAUAAGAAACUAGCCCGUUGUCUAGAAAGUUCUUAAACUCCAGCAUAUACGUGUACUAAUAAUUUUACUGUGCUACAGAAGAAGAAAUUUUAGCUGAUAAAAUGAGCAUCACAUUCUAGCACAAUCAAAGAUGACGGGGAAACUCAAAGUCUGGGAUAUGUGUCAACUUCAGCCCUUUGAGUUGUUUUGGAAUUUUCUUCCUUGUUUACUUCUGUUGCUGAUCCAGGAUAUACUUUGCUGUCCAUCUGUUUGCCAGCAGUGUAGAGGCAGACAAGCUGACUGCCGUGAUUCAGGUCUUUCCAUUGUUCCAAAGAAUUUCCCACAACAUACCAUCUUUGUAUAUUUAAGUGGGAAUAACAUAUCACACCUAAAUCCAAAUGAACUGAAAGGCCUCCGGCAACUCGCUGUGCUACACUUGGAUAAUUCUAGUAUUUUAUAUGUGUACCCAAAAGCAUUUUCUGAAUUUAAGAAAUUGUGGUACCUACAUCUGAAUAAUAAUCAAAUAAAACACUUGGAUCCUGGAACAUUUGAAGGACUUUCAAAUCUUCGCUCUUUAUACCUGCAGAAUAAUGAAAUAGCCUUUGUUCGCAAGGGAUUAUUUAGUGAUCUUGCUUCAGUUCAAUACCUGAUGCUGCAAAGUAAUCGCCUCAGCAUUGUUGGCAGUGGCAUUUUUGUCGGCAUGAUUAGUCUUCGGAUUCUUAACCUAGCGAACAAUAAGAUUUCGUGGAUAUCACACUCGGCAUUUCGUCACCUUGACAACCUUACAUGCUUGUACCUUGGCGGUAACAAUUUAACACAGGUGCCAUCAAACGCAUUUGCUGCACUGAGCAAUCUUGAAAGACUUUCAUUGUCACAUAACCCGAUUGGCUCAGUACCUCCCUUUGCAUUCAGAGGACUUGACAAGCUUCAACAUCUAUCUCUAAAAUGUGCCAAAAUAAAAGCUAUCCAUGUGAAUGGCUUUACAGGCCUAAAUAAUCUUAAAAAGCUACUUUUGAGCAAUAAUGAUUUGCAAAACAUCAAUUCCAGUACCUUUGCAUUGUUGGAGGAGUUAAUGUUUCUGCAACUCGAUAGAAACAACAUAAUCAAUAUUGCAGAUAAUACAUUUGAAAAAAUGGGAUCCUCUUUGAAGAUACUGAAUCUAGCAUUUAAUAAUCUUACAGACUUGCAUUCUAAAGUGCUUAAGCCUUUGGUCUCUUUAACUCACUUACAGGCAAAUCACAACCCUUGGAAUUGUAGCUGCAGAUUACUUCGGCUAAUUAACUGGCUAACAUCUUCUUCCAUCUCUAUUAAAAUUCAUUGCCAAAAUCCUUCCUAUUUGCACGGAAGGCACUUGAAUUAUGCCAACUGGGGUUUGGUUGCAAACUGUUUCAACACUACCACAGGACCUGGAAUAUUCUGGAACGUAAAGCCAGCAGGUAUCCAUCAAAGUACCACUACUUUAUUGAUGAGAUCGGAUAACCCCCCUUCAAGCAGUGCUGUUUAUGAAUAUUCAAAGGAUGUGGAAGCAAAUACAGUUACAUUAUGGGCAGAAGUACCGACCUCAUCAGCUGCUCAAAAUCUGGAUGGAACCUAUUCCAGUAGGAAGCUGAGACAGGAAGCUAUAGUGUUCUCAGUGCUAACGGUGCAAAUACCAGCGCAGAAUAUACCUGUUAAUUUGACCAUGGAAGAAAGCAGAGCAUCUCCUCCAGAAUCUACUUCUAUCUCCUUGAAAACAUCUCUAAUCUGCACACAGCAGGUAGAGAAACUACAUCAGGCAUUUGACAUUUUAUUAACCUUUUUUAUUUUGGCCUGUGCUGUGAUCUUCUUUUUGAUCUACAAAAUCAUUCAGUUCAGACAGAAGCUCAAAGAGCAAAAUGACUCUGACAACGGAAUAGAAUACUAUGGCUUUUAUCAAGCUGGAAGCUACAGCAUAACGGAUCCAACUCAGCCUGUACCUCAGCACUCACUGGGAAGUUCAGAACUGGACCACGGUCAGCCUCCUAAACCAGCAGCACUUCAAAGCCAAGCACAGGUCAUCUUAUUUGAACAUUCUGCAUUGUAAUAGACUUGGCAGGGAUUUUUGUGGCUGCAUGUAUGAAGUCUAUAAACAACAGCAGUGUGAGAUAUUUUGUAGAUAAAAGUUCAACAACUGAUACGCGGUGGGGGGGGGAGGAAUCUAGACUGUCUUUUUCAAAUAUUGUCAUAUUUGCUGUCAUUCUAAUAGCUGCUUUUUUGUAUGAAACUUAAGUUUUGUG